AAGGAGGAGCAAGAGCAACGCGAUGGGGCGCCCCAAGGUCUCCCUGGGGCUGAUCCCCAACCGCCGGCAGCGGGCCGGCACGUUCGGCAAGCGGAAGGAGGGGCUCAAGAAGAAGGCGGGCGAGCUCUCCGUGCUCUGCGGCGUCGACGUUGCGCUCGUCGUCGCCGCCGCGGGGGACGGCUCCGGCGCGGCGGACGUGUGGGAGUCCAGGGAGGGCGUGCUGGCCCGGUACCGCGCGCUGGGCGCCGAGGCGCGCGUGCGGCACACGCACCGGGCGUACCUUGCCGCAGAGCUCAGUAAGUGGGAGGCCAAGCUCGCCCGGGUGCGCCAGGGCGGGCCCGACGCGCUCGCCCGCUGGGACAGGGCGCUGGACGGCAUCGCCACGGCGGAGGAGGCGCGCCGGCUGCUCGAUGCUAUCGACGCCGCGAUGCGGGCCGCGAAGGACAGGCGGAGGGCGCUGGGCCUGCCGCCGGCCGACGACGCCGAGGACGGGGUCGUGCUCGACGGGGUCGAGCCGCUCAACUUCGCCGCCGCCGGCGACCUGCACGCGCCCGGCGGCGAUGCCAACAACGACCAGCAGGCCAUGUGGGACGGUAACGGCUUCCACUUCCAGCAGGGCGGCGCCGCCGAGAUGCAGCACACGGGGUACGGCUUCCAGCAAUACACCAGCGGCAGCGGCGCCGGCGUGGAGGGCUACCAGCAGCAGAUGGCGCCGGACAUGUACAGCAGCGGCGACCACAACAACGGCCACCUCGCCCACGCCUACCAGCAGUACCAGCCGCGCGAUCCCAUGCAGCACGGCUACGGCUUCCAGUGUGCCCACGACAGCUGCUUCGACGCCAACGCCAGCUACGCCCAGCUCAGUCUGCCCAUGUGGAGCGCCGACGAGCCGCGCCACGACAUGCUGCCGCUCGAGUACCCCUCCGCCGACGCCGGCCUCAACUACGCGGACACGCCGGCGGCACAGGGCGUCGGCCGCAGCUCCUUCGCCAUGGGCGCCGCCAGCGGCAUCUUCCUGUCUAAGGGGCAUGGCGCCCUGCGCCUCCUCCUCUGCGACGCCCUCAUCAUCGCCAUCGCCGCGGCGCUCCUCCGAACCCCGGCCAUGUGGCCUGCCAGGCGCCAAAUGCGGCCGCCGUGGAUCCAGAUCCAGCGGCAUGGUGAGUGGGGAAUAGGAAAUUUGGAGUUAAGGGAGCUGUACCGUGCCAUCGCCGGGAUCCCCAAAGACCACAAGGGGUGA